AAGAUAGAGGAAAUCGCUGAGGAUCAGUGAAGGAAACGUUGAAGGGAAGGAGCGUUUUUCCAAGGGUUUCACCGAUUGGUGAAAGGUUCUUGCUGUGAUAUAGUCUUGCACUCUUGCUUAAAGAUACGGAUUAGGUUCCUUGGUUUGAGAACCUUUCGCAGAUGAGUAGAUAGUUGAACCUUUCGGUUCUUGUUGCAGAGAUUUGACGAUGGUGUGUUAUAGAGAUCAAGCUUCUAGUAUGGUGUCGCAAACCAUGGAUUUUAAUAGGAAGGGGAAAUCAAGAAGCCGGAGGGACGGAACAAGAUGUGUAGCAGAGACAAUAGCAAAGUGGAAGGAGUACAAUAUCAAAUUUGAUUCUCUUGGCUAUGAAGCCAAGCCAGUGCGUAAGGCUCCUGCCAAGGGAUCGAAAAAAGGUUGUAUGAAAGGUAAAGGUGGUCCAGAGAAUGCUAGUUGCAAUUACAGGGGCGUAAGGCAGAGAACGUGGGGUAAAUGGGUAUCGGAGAUCAGGGAGCCACACAGGGGAAGUAGGCUGUGGUUGGGCACAUUUAAAACUGCAAACGAAGCUGCUCUUGCCUACGAUGAAGCUGCAAGAGCAAUGUAUGGGCAUUGUGCGCGGCUUAACUUUCCAGAUCACGGUUUGCCAAUAGAGUUUGCUAAAGAUUGUCCUUCAUUGCCAACUACAUCCACAUCUCACUCCACAAAUUCUGAGAUGUGUUGCAAUGAUAAUAAGCUGAAGGCUUAUGAUUCAAAGGCAAAGCAGGAAGAUGGUGAAAAAAUAGCAGAUAAUUGGCAUCAGGCAGGUGGCACGCCAAUGACCACAUCGAAGGGCAAAAUAAAGGAAGAAGCUGCGGAGCAUGAAUUAAAGAAAGAAACUCUGAGGGAGGAAUCAAGAGAAGAAUCUAUGGAUACUGAAGCUGUGAAGUUCUUUAUGAUUGAGAAACCUGAUUAUUUACGUUGUCGGGGUGUUAACCUUGAUAAUUUCCCGGCAGAUGAUAUGUUUAAUGUGGAUGAGGUGAUUGCAGCAUUGGACCCUGCUCCUGACCGUGAACCUCGGCCUCUGACUGGGACAGGAUUGCAUGUAGCUCAAGAAACAAAAGUUGAUCACAGAGAUUUGUCGUGUCAGUUGCAGCAUCCGAAUGAGAAGUUGCUUGGUGACCUGCCACACGUGGAGGCUACUAUUGGAUUCGAUCACGGAAUUGAUUUCCUGAGACCUGGAAGACCGGAGGACUAUAACUUGUCAUUUAGUGAGUUGUCGUUGGAGUUAGACCCUGACCAGAUGGUAGUUUAAUGGAAAAGGUAAUCUCUUGAAAAAGGAAUGAGGAGAUAGCAUUUUUGGUCAUCCCAUGGGAUAAAAGAUUGUAUCAUCUUCGGACCCAAAUACAAAUUUUUUCUGUGAGAUGAAUUUUGGAACUUACCGAUGAUAAAAGAGUUAUUUCAAAAUGUGAUACUUCCAUUGCAAAUUAUUGCUC